UUCUUCUUCCACGCCAUGUGGUUCCACCUCUUCCCUCUCCUGGGCGGAGCGCUUCCGCUGCCGGAGCUGGAUGUGGUACAACGCUUGCCUGGAUGGGAGGGCCAGCUGUUGUCCAAGACCUAUUCAGGUUACGUCCCCGUUGGUGAAGUCGAUGGACGCAAGAUGUACGAACACUAUCUGUUCUUUGAGAGCGAAGGAGAUCCAAAGAAAGAUCCACUUAUCAUGUGGACGAACGGAGGGCCCGGUGCCUCAUCGUUGAUCGGAUCCUUUACAGAGCUGGGACCCUACUACCUGUCACACCUGUCCACCGAAACCGACUCCUAUAGGCGUACUGGAGUCCCCACAUUGUUCAAGAGCUCCUACCGAUGGACCAAGCUGGGCGGCCUGAUCAUUCGGAAUCUGCCGCCUCCGGUGGGUUUCUCCUACUGCGAGCCCGCGGGUCCCAGUGGUGAUGGUCAUAGCUGCGGCUCCUGGAAUGAUACGCAGACGGCCAGGCACAGCUUGAUCUUCAUGGAGAAUUGGAUGCAGAAAUUUCCUCAGUAUUCAAGCCACGACUUGUACCUCGCUGGGGAAUCCUACGCGGGGGUCUAUGUUCCCAUGUUGGCGCGGCUCAUGCUCUCCUCUCCUCUGCGGCAGCAACUGAAGGGCAUUGCGGUCGGGGAUGGCUGCACCUGCGGAUCUGUCAAUGGCGCACAGUGUCUGGAGACUGCGGGUCCCUUCUUCUCCGUGGAAUUCUUUCAUGGCCAUGGGCAGUUCUCAGACAAGACGUAUCGGGAGAUUCAGAGCAGCUGUGGGGACGAAUUGAUUCAUGGUGUGAAGAGCAAUGCUUGUCGAUCGGCUUUGGACAAAAUGGAUCGGGAGAGAGGAUACAGCUUUGAUUACAACCUCUAUGAGGAGUGCUACGAUAUCGACCUGUAUGAGACAUCCCAACCUUGGCAUCAGAUCAACAACAGGCGCACUUGGCACAUGGACGGUACGCCCUGCGGUGGCAUCCGAGCCCUUCGUGAGUGGGUCAACCAAAGUGUGGUCAAGGAGGCCUUGCACGUGGCCAAAGAUGCCUUCUUCUUCAGUGGUGACAAUGGAGUGGGCUUCACCUACAACUUGACGGAACCCAGCCUGCUUCCCUGGUACCGCGAGAUCAUUGAGAAAAAGCAGCUGCGGGUGUUGAUCUACAACGGUGAUGCGGACCCAGGUUGGGGCGCAGAAAUUCGAAGCUGGAGGUCUGAACAGUUUCUACGGUGAAAACUGGACAUCCUCGCUGGGCUUCCCAUCGCUUCAAUCCUGGCGCCCCUGGACCCGCGAUGGGAAGAUGAAAAUGGGUGGCUAUGCCACGCGCUACGUCACGGAUUUUGACUACGUGACCAUCCGUGGCGCAGGGCAUAUGGUUCCAGAGUAUAAACCCGAAGCAGCAUUCGUGAUGCUCCAAUCGUUCCUUUUGAACCAGGACUACCCACAGCUGCGGAUGCCCAACAGCAGCCGAUUUGGGGCGCUGGCGCCCAUCGUUCUUCCUCCCAUCGUGGAGUAGCAUGGGAUGGUUUGAUGUUUGAUGUGCAAAAAAAAAUCACCUGAAAUGUUGGGAUUUCA